CGUAGUUGUACUCUUUUUACCUUACUAUGGUUUUUCCCAUUGGGUUUUCCUGGAAAGGUUUUUAACGAGGCAACAAAGACGUUAAGCGAGAGUGGAUAGUGACACCGGUCCCCAAGGGGGAGUGUUAUGAAAGUCAGAAAAAGCAGCUACCGUUUUCGUUGAAAAUAUAAAAAGAUGUGGGGCCCGCUUCACUAUUUGCACAGUGAAUUUCUCUUCUAUAUAAACGAUCGUUUCGAUCAUUGUAAACACACCAUUCCUUCUCCUUCUAAUAACACAUCCUCUCUUGUUAUCAGUAUUAUCUUCUCCUACAGGUAUAAAAUUUUGCUCUUAUUUAAAUUCCCGCGAUACAAUAAAAUUCCAGUUCCUUUUAUAACAGUACUAUAUAUUAUAGGAAUGUUGUGAUGCAUUUUAUUUUCUAGCUAGAUUAUUAAUUAUGAUUUUUUUUUUGGGUUAUUAAGCCAAAUUUCCAAAUUUCAAUGGGCCGUAACGUCCCAACCAAUAAAAGGGGAACAAAACUCCGAAACCCUCGUUGCUAUCUUCUCCUUUCCGCCAAGCAACUCCGAAGCAAAAAGGUGCUAAAAAAAGUUAUUUAUCAAUCGAUGGUGAAGAGAAUUGGUGGAGCCGGAAAAUCAAGCGGCGGAGAUUCAAACAUAUUGGUUCGGAUCUCUAAUUCCGAAAUCGUAUCUCAAGGAAGACGUGCCGCUGGAGAUGCCAUGGGGGUGGCGAAGAAACUGAUCUGGAGCACGGGAAAAGCGGCGUGGAUCGCUGGUACGACUUUUCUCAUCCUUGUUGUUCCGCUGAUCAUCGAGAUGGAUCGUGAAGCGCAGCUCAACGAAAUAAAUCUUCAGCAGGCAAGCCUUCUCGGAGCUCCGGCGUCUCCUGUGCAAAGGGGAAUGUAGAAAACCCUAGAACCAUAUUGAGCCAAACUUCGAGGCGUUUGCAAUUAGGGUGGUCUCUUUGUUCUUUUUGUAUGUUUCUGUUAUGAUUUUAUCUGAUAAGAGUUCUUACACACGGUGGAUUCUCGUAAAAGUUUCGAGCUGGUUUUUAUCUUCA